AAAAAUGGAAAUUGCAAUCACAACUUUGAAAUCAAUCUUACGUCUUUGAAAUCUGCUUUUCAUGAAACCAUAUCCCAGAUGUACCUCAGACUGAUGGAAGGACUGGUUUUCUCCUUAAGAAGCUUAUGAAUCGCUCGAGUUUCUCCUGCAAAGUUUCUGCAUAUGGCACAAGAAACAUUAGAUCAAUUAUAUACACUGAAAGCUUUUUUAGAGUUGUUCAGAUGUGGCUGAUGUGCUAAGUUCCUCUCCGCAAGCCAACAGUUGGAGGCCAUCAAGAUCUUUUUACACCUCUGAAGAUGCUGUAACUGCAGAUCAAAGUCUGGAGUCCUCUGGGCUUCAGAGGCACAACAGUGUUUUCUGCCUGAUGAGUGGAAGACCAUGCAACCCUAUGGCUGGCAAUACAAACUCUUACUGCUCUAUUUUGACGUUCCUAGCGAGGCUCUGAAGAACCCUGAGAUGUGUGCUUUGUUCUAAACAGCUCAGACUGAAGCGGGACAGUCAUGAGUGCUGACGUAGCUAACAGGCUGGAUGUGGACCCUGAUUACAAUGCUGAACUGGCUGACAUGGUAGCAGCCAUGAACGUGGCUGCCAACAGACUGACCCCUUCUAAUGGAUACAGGACCACCCCGCAUCGCCUCAGUCUCUCCGAUCGCAAGCUGUCACUGCAGGAGCGAUCCAGUAACCAGAAUGGCAUCAUCCCACGAAUAGCCAGAAGACCCACUAUUGAAUCGAAGCGGGUGUCUAUCUCUGAUGGGGAUGACUGUGUCCAGCUAAACCAGUACAAGUUGAAGAAUGAGAUAGGAAAGGGUUCAUAUGGGGUGGUCAAAUUAGCAUAUAAUGAAGAUGAUGACCAGUAUUACGCUAUGAAGUUGGUAUCCAAAAAGAAGUUAAUGAAGCAGUAUGGAUUCGCACGGCGACGUCCUUCCAGAGAAUCCAAUGGAUCACUAGAGAAUCUUUUAAAGCAUUCUGGCCUGUUGGACCGGGUGUAUCAAGAAAUUGCUAUUCUGAAGAAACUUGACCAUCUUAAUGUGGUUCAUUUAGUUGAGGUUCUUGACGACCCGGCUGAGGAUAACUUGCACAUGGUCUUUGAGUUGGUACCUAAAGGUCCAGUGAUGGAGAUCCCAACAGACAGUCCUCUAACAGAAGAAAUGGCCCGCUUCUACUUCAGAGAUGUCCUCCUAGGAAUUGAAUACUUGCACUAUCAGAAAAUCAUACAUAGAGACAUCAAACCCUCCAAUCUGUUGCUGGGGGAUGAUGGGCACAUCAAGAUCGCAGAUUUCGGUGUCAGUAAUGUGUUUGAGGGGAACGAUGCUCUGCUGUCAGACAGUGCAGGAACACCGGCUUUCAUGGCACCUGAAACUCUGACUGACCAGGACCUCAGAUUCAGUGGAAAGGCUCUGGACAUAUGGGCAAUGGGAGUGACGCUGUUUUGUUUCAUCUUUGGAAGGUGUCCUUUUCAUGAUGAAUACAUCUUAGGCCUGCAUGAAAAGAUCAGAACUGCGCCAGUCGAGUUCCCAGACAUGUCUGUGAUCAGUGAUGGGCUGAAGGAUCUCAUCAUCAGAAUGCUGGACAAAGUCCCUGAAGCUAGAAUCACAUUACCAGAAAUCAAGCUGCACCCGUGGGUCACGCUUGAUGGGACGGAUCUUCUGCCUCUGGAGGAGGAGCACUGCACCGUGGUGGAGGUCACUGAGGAGGAGGUGCAGAACUCCGUCAAACUGGUUCCCAGCCUGUCUGCUGUGAUCCUGGUGAAGUCCAUGCUGCGGAAGCGCUCCUUCAGUAACCCGUUCGAGUGUCCCAGCCGCAGGAAGGGCAGGUCCAUGUCUGCCCCUGGAGUUCUUGUGGACAUGUCACUGUUUCGCCCUCUAAGCAGAGGGAGUAACAAUAAUGGAAGCAGAGAAGGAGAGCUGGAAAACCUUAUUGAGGAUGAAACAUUUACAUAAAUUAGCAAAAAUCAUUUUUCUUAUUGGCCCAAUUGUGUGAUUAGCCAUUUUGUCCUCAUCUGCGCUGGAUUAUUUUCAACAUAAAAAUUAUAUUUACUGUGUAACGCAUGAUGUUUAUCUUAUGUAGGUACCUUUAAAAUAUAAUGCCGCAUCUGGUAAUACUUUAUAUUAGAGUAAUAUUUGUGUUUUAUUGCAUUUACGUGCCAAACCUAAAGUAAAUUUGAAAGAAGUUUAGAUUUAAAUGCAUAUAUAUAUAUAAUGUUUGUAUCAGUGCAUUCGACAGAUAAGCGUGAUCCCUUUGCUGUGCAGCAGAAAUCAGCAUAGCUUUGCAUGAUAUGUAUUAGAAGUCUCUGUUAUAUCAAUGGUCUGUAUGCUUUUUUUUGGUUGUCCUUUUGAGAUUUGAAGUAAAAUUGAAAGAGAGAGACAGGCCUAUUUUAUUUUAUUUUUUUAUAAUAGUCACUGUCGAAACAUCUACAGUAAAUAUGUUUAAUUAUAUAAAAAUAAGAAUAUAAAAACGUAUUGCAUUCUGAGUAUAGGCUUCUGGGCUCCUCUAGUGUGCACUAUUAUUAAUCACUACGGAUGUACCCUAGUGCCUCUGUGAGGUUGUUCUCCGAUUAGCAACACAAGCCCCAGGGACUCAGUAUGUCACUCUUUUUUA